AAUCCUCUGUUUCGCCCGGAUUUCCACCUGGUUGGAGAGAGAGGUGGACUGAAGUUGGCGAAAUGUUGAGUUUGGGGAGCGGCGGAGCGAAACAACCUCCCAAAGCGUCGUUUGUGUCAUAUGUUACGCCCGAGGAAAUUAAUCCAGAAAAAGAACCUCCCAAAAAAGAGAGGUACCCUGAUUUGCUGCCAGGUGAGGUGGUGUUCUGCAGUGCCAGCCCCAUCCUCAAGUACACGCAGGAUGAACUCUCCCAGCGCGGUGUCUUCGGCACACUGGUCUGCACCAACUUCCGCGUCUCCUUCAUCAGUGAUGAAGUGCAAGUGGAGGAUACGAUCCAGCACUUUAAGAAUAAGCUGUAUGGGGAGAAUGACAUUCCUUUGAUGUGUGUGGAUAACAUUUAUGGAGGAUAUGAUGACAAGAAGAAACUGAUAACAUGUCCCCUGUUGAAGAACAAGUGUCCCUCGAAAAUCAUAAUUCAUUGCAAAGAUCUUCGUGUUUUUCAGUAUUGUUUAACCUACACAGAUGAAAAAGAUGCUAGGAAGAUUUUCCAGGGGAUUGUGCACCACUGCCUGGAGUCCAAGUCUCUCAAGUGUGUGUUUGCCUUCUCUUACAAUGCCAACAAUGCAGAAAUGCAGAGGAAAGGGAGAACAGUGAUGUUUGACUCCAUAGAUGACUGGACCCAGGAGAUGAAAAGGACAAAAGGAGUUUGUAGAUUGGUAGCAGAAAAUCAGUCAUUUGAACUCUCUCAAAGAUUGCCACAGUAUUUUUUCGUUCCUGCAAAUGUGACCGAGGAGGACUUCCAGAAUGCCAGAAAAUUCAAUGGAAAGGGUUUACCAAUUUGGUGCUGGUCCCAUCAUACUGGCUGUGCCUUGUUUAAAACGGCAGCUCUGCCUCUGAUGCAGGAGGACACCAUCCCCCAGGCCUAUAUGGAAAAAAUGCUCAAUGCCGUGGCGCAGAAUUACCUUUACUCUGUGAAAACGGAGGACCUCAGUGACACACUCCCCUCUCUCCAGGAGGUGCAGCUCUCCUAUACGAAAUUCAAACAGUUCUUCCUCAUCGAUAAUUCAACAGAAUUCUGGAUGUCGGAUGUAAAGUGGUUUUCAUCUCUUGAAAAUGCUGGGUGGCUUGACAUCAUUCGGCAAUGUCUGCAGAAAGCUGUGGAAGUGGUUGAAUGCUUGGAGAAGGAAAACACGAAUGUCCUCAUCAUGGAGGAGGAGGGGUCGGACCUGUGCUGUGUGAUCUCCAGCCUGGUUCAGCUCAUGCUGGACCCCUACUACAGGACCCUCACCGGCUUCCAGAGCCUGGUCCAGAAGGAGUGGAUUGCUGGCGGCCACAACUUCCAGGACCGCUGCAAUCAUCUGCACCAUAAAGAUAAAGAGCACUUGCAGACCCCCGUGUUCCUGCUCUUUCUGGAGUGUGUGUGGCAGCUCCUGCAUCAGCACAGCCCCGCCUUCCAGUUCUCUGAAACCUACCUGACGGUUCUGUCCGACAGCGUCCAUGUUCCAGUCUUCUCCACGUUCCUCUUCAACUCCGUCCAACAGAAAGUCAGCAUGAUGACGGCCGAGUCGCCGCAAACACAAAGAGGCCCAUUGAACUGUCCCACGGUAUGGGACUGGUCGGUGCAGUUUGACUGCAGAGCGCAGGAGUUCUUCAUUAACCCUUUGUACACUGACAAGCUGAGGGUGGACAAGUUGACCAAGAAGUCACAUCGACCAAAGCACACGAGGCAACUCUCCUUGCCCAGUUCUGCAUUCAAGACGCCCUCAAAGAAGGGCUUCUUUAAGGAGGAGACGGACAGCUUGAAGAAGAUGCUGCGCGUCAAGCGCUUGAGCCGCUGGAUGCUGUCGCCGGACGCCUCGCCGCAGGCGUCCACGAGCGAGUUCUACGAGGCCUGGCUGCGGCGGCCGCUGGAUUACCACGGCGUGCUGCUGCCGCUGCUGGACGGGCCGGCUGUGCGCGUCUGGAUGCAGCGCUACCUGCGCUGGAUCCCCGAGGUGCAGAUCUGCGGCGGUGGCACCGUGGCGGUCACCAACCGCCUGGCCGAGCUCCAGGGUGAGGUGCGGGAGCUGCUGCGCCGGCUCGAGCGCCAGUGCGGCGGCAUCGACGCCGGCGGGCCUUACCACUCCGACCACCACCACCUCUAUGACAACGUCGCUCCGCUGCCGCCACACCUGUUGCGCUCCUCGGUGCGCCUCUCCUCGUCCUUCCCCUUCGCCUCCAUCCGGAACUGGCCCUUCAAGCCGGCCAUCCCCACGAGUAUGCUGCAGGGUCUAAUCGUCUCAGACCCCGACAACAUGGCGGACAGGGAGGAUGAGUACACAGAGACCAUCAGCUUGGUAUAGGGAUGUACUGUGAACGCGCGCAGGGUAUGAUCGCUGUGGUGCUAAUUACAGGGUAAUGGAGGCCUCCACUUCCUGUUAGAAGCUGCAGAAUUAUAAGUGACUUGGAUGCUAGUGUAUACCAUUGACCCAAGGGACCCGAGGGAAGGGGGAGUGUCGAAUCCCUGCUAUUUGUGCCCUUACUGUAAAAGAGCUGAACUCGGAACACAUGUUUUUUUGUUUUUUUUUACCAAGUCACUGUGCUGUUGAGUAUAGCUGGUUUCACCAACAAAGAAUGUAGUUCAAUUGACAUCUAAGAUUUAGACAUGACUUUUGUUAUAUUGUUCUUGAACUGUUAAUGGGAACAUCACAAUUUGUGUGAAUAAUUGUGUGACAACUCAUGAUCUUCCAAAAAACUUAUUUUUGACAUCUGAUUUCUUUAACACCAGAAAACACUGACAAUCAGUGUUGUUUAAUGGAAAAACUGAGGUUUUGCCAUCUUUGUUUCAAGCAGUCUUGAUGCAAAGAAUCAUUUUGGAUCUAUGUGAGAUGCAGUAAUGCUCAUCAUCAUAACAGCAAAGCAGAAACAAAAUACAGUGUCUUAAAUUAAGGACAGAAGACAAUUAAUGCCUUAUGAAGGGACAUUUCCAUAUCAUGAAGUGUUUUGUCUGAAAUAUUCACCUUGAUUUGAGAAUUCUCUUGUAACGUAAUUUCUAUUACCUUUAUUUUUUAUUUUUUUGGAAAUUGUCCACAAGUCCACAAUGUCAACCAUUUAUCUUCCUCUGAGAUAUCACUGUAUGUAAGGUUUUUCUUUGGGGUCUGUUGAAUUUUCAGCGCCAUCCACUGGAGAAGAGGUGAACCAUGGACCUAAAACAAGUUUUAGAAAGCAUGUGUAGUGGCUGAAUUCCUUAGAAAGAAACAUUGAUAAUGAUUCCUGUUUGUCCAAUGAGUAUUUAUUCAUUAGAAUAUUUACAUUUUGCUUGUCGGGUUGUAUUGAAAAUGUACAAAGAAGGAACUCAUUGAACCAAUUAAUAUUCAGUUUGAAUGUCAGUAGAUUUUUUUUAGAUUGAAAAAAGAAGACAUUUUCAAUAGUCUUAAUUUCUCAAAUUGUUACAGACUGGCUAUGCACUUAACACAUAUGACUUUUUUUUUAGUGAAUUUGUUGAAAUCUCAAAUCAGCACAGGCCCUUCAUGAUACACAUGUAUUUAUAAUAUUUUUACCUCUGUAAAAAAUAUAAACUACUCAACUAAACAUUACAAUGCCAAAAAGCUCUUUUUAAUAUUUACUGUUUGCCUUUUACUACUCACUGAAUGCCUUCGACCAAUCCAUGCCAUGCUUGUAGAAGUAGUGAUGCCUGGAAGACCAAUGGUUCUGCUGCCUUCUGUAAAAUGUUACUGUAUUGCCUUCAGCACUGAUUUAUGAUUGAGUAAAUCUAAUUAACAGGAGUGUUAUGAAACUAAUAAUAGAUAGGUCAUUCUAACUUGCUCUUUGUCUUAAUCUUUUGCACUAUUGCUAAUCGUUUGUCUGACACUGAAUUAGUCACUUUAAUAAACCAACUUUGUUCACUGACCUGUAACGCCAUUAUUCACAAUGCCUGUAAAAUCAAUUAAGUCACUUAAAAAUUUCAAAGUCACUUUUUUAAUUUAUGUACUAAAAUCAUGUUUUGUUUCACCCCUUAUGUCUCAAAAAAUAUACUUAGAUCAUGUUUGACUGCCUCUUGAAAUGUUAUUCUCACUUCAUGCUCAUCGGCAAAAUAAAUACAUAUGAAAAAUUGCUUUUUAAAUGCA